AUGUCCUGGAAUCCCCCGCCCAGCGGCAACAAUCCCCAUCCAAACGAGUGGUCGCCAGAAGAAGACCGUGAAAAUCUCGGUGGACAAUCGUCUGAAGAAGAAGACACCCCCGAGAACUACCACCGAAGACAGCAACGAUACUCGGAACAAUCAGCAUCAGUAUCAGGAUCACCUAGUGUCCACCACCCUCAUCUCCAGCAACAUCCUCUCCACCCCCAGCAACACCAUCCCCAACACCAACACCAACAACACCAUCCUCAUCAUCCUCGACAGUCUCCCCCGCCUCCCCCUCCCCCGCCUCAAUCACACCAAGUGGGCGACCACAACCCAGAUCAAAACAUGUCAUACGCCGAGAUGUAUCCGUACAGGAUACCCCCACAUCAAUUGGCGGGAUUUCAGCAACCAGCCCCCCGUCAAAGGACGGCAAUUGCAUGCAGAUAUUGCCGAAGACGCAAGAUUCGCUGUUCUGGCUUCGAAUCCUCCCCAGAUGGUAGAUGCGCCAACUGCCUGCGAUUCAACCAGGAGUGCGUUUUUACGCCAGUCUCCUCACAGGCUCAGGCGUUUGUACCUGCCCAUGCAGCGUUCGGUCGCGGUGCGCCUGGUAGGUCAACUCAACAGAUGUUAUACGGGGCACACGGCCAGCCACUCCCCGCAAGUUACCUACCGCCUCCCCCUCCUCCACCUCCAAUGGAUUUUCACCCGCCGCAACAGUACCCGCGCCCAUCCAGCCCUACUGGAUCUAACCGUCAUCCCCCUCCGCCGGUGUACAAUCAUCCGUACGAUGAGCGAAUGCCUAUACAUGAUGCAGCACCAACAGAGCGCAACAGGACUCUGGAAUUACACCCACCGCUUCUACCGCCUCCUGUAUCUGGUAAUCCAGGCCAAUCGCAUUCCCACCCGAGGCGUGGAUCCGCAGGUGAUUAUCCAAAUCGCUACGGCCGGAAUGACCCGCCCUCCCCUUCGUCCCAUCUUGUAUCGCCUCAUCCCGCGUAUUCCCCACCACCAGCGACUGGACCGCCGUCAACCUAUCAAGGUCAAAAUUACGGCCAGGGCCCACCGCCAUCAAUCCCGGGGAACUACUAUCCGCAGGCGCAAAGCUCUGGCUCAAACCCGAGCCAGCAGCGACCUAGGUCACCUGUAGGAUACCAUUCCCCGGGUGAUCGCUCAAGCGGCUCGCCGCAUCCGUUCCACCCACCGAUGCAGUACCCGCCGAGACCCACGUCCUCAGGUCCUAACCCAAGCAACCCGAGCAACCAUCCCAUUCCUUCAAUGCAGAUGUCCAAUCUGAUCGACCCAGGACCCCAGUCGCAAAUCACGAAUCGGAACAAUCAACGGUCUGCCGCGGAUGGGGACAUGUUGGAUAAACUCAGGCCGAGGUCAGGGCUUUGA